AAAAAAAUUGCACUUUUUAUCUCCCUAACUCUCCAGCGCGGCAUUCUCUCCUCCAACUCUCUGCAAAUUUUUAGGGUUUCUCUCUUUUUUCACCUUACACAAGCAUUCUUCAGUCUAUCUGAUUUUCCUAUCACACUUCAGGCUCUCAGAUUUUCCUAUCAUCCCUUAGUUUUCAUUAGAGACUGCCAUAGUUACGGUUCUCUGCUCAAGUAAAGCCUCAAUUACAUCGUCAUGAAUUAGAAACCCUAGCUAAAACCCUAAUUUUCAGUUUUUUACCUUCUAUCAGUCAUAGUUUUAAAGGUCCUGGAAAUGUCAAAGAGGAAGUUUGGAUUCGAGGGAUUUGGCAUCAAUCGCCAGCAAACUUACAGUUUUGAGCGCUCCUCUGCUCCUCAACGUUUAUAUACUCCCCCUUCUUCAAGGAACGGAGACCAUGACAAUUACGAAGAUCACGACCUGGAUGAUAUAGAAUAUGAUAAUUCUGGUUCAAAAGAGAACGAGAACGAAGCUAAACCUGAUUCUGGAGAUGGAGAAAUUGAUCCCUUAGAUGCAUUCAUGGAGGCAAUUCAUCAGGAGAUGAUUAAGGAGACGCCUAAACCCAAAGAGAAACCUUCGAAGUUUGAAGAAGAUGAAGAUGAUGACCCUGUAGAGAGUUUUUUGAGGGCGAAGAAGGAUGUGGGGUUAACACUGGCCGCUGAAGCUCUUCAAGCUGGGUAUGAUUCAGAUGAGGAGGUUUAUGCAGCUGCAAAAGCAGUGGAUGCAGGUUUGAUUGAAUAUGAUUCGGAUGACAAUCCCAUUGUUCUUGACAAGAAGAAGAUUGAACCGAUUCCUGCUCUGGAUCACAGUGAAAUUGAUUACGAGCCAUUCAAUAAAGAUUUUUAUGAUGAAAAGGAGUCUAUAUCUGGCAUGAGUGAGCAGGAUGUUGCUGCAUAUCAACAGAGUUUAGCCAUCCGAGUUUCAGGUUUUGAUGUCCCUAGGCCCAUUAAAUCCUUUGAAGAUUGUGGAUUCUCUUCUGCUCUAAUGAAUGCUAUUGCCAAACAUGGUUAUGAGAAGCCAACAGCUAUCCAAUGUCAGGCGCUACCAAUUGUUUUAUCUGGGAGAGAUAUUAUUGGCAUAGCUAAAACUGGCUCAGGUAAAACUGCAGCUUUUGUUCUUCCAAUGAUUGUCCAUAUAAUGGACCAGCCCGAGCUUGCCAAAGAAGAGGGCCCAAUUGGUGUGAUAUGUGCACCUACAAGGGAAUUGGCUCAACAGAUAUACACAGAGGCAAAGAAGUUUGCAAAAUGUCAUGGUAUUCGUGUGUCGGGAGUCUACGGUGGAAUGUCUAAACUUGAACAGUUCAAAGAACUGAAGGCUGGUUGUGAAAUAGUUGUUGCUACACCUGGUAGGCUGAUUGAUAUGCUAAAAAUGAAGGCAUUAACAAUGCUUAGGGCUACUUACCUGGUCCUUGACGAGGCUGACCGGAUGUUUGAUCUAGGGUUUGAGCCUCAGAUAAGAUCUAUUGUUGGUCAAAUAAGACCAGAACGCCUAACAUUACUUUUUUCAGCAACUAUGCCACGAAAAGUUGAACGGUUAGCUAGGGAGAUUCUUACUGAUCCUGUUAGGGUUACAGUAGGAGAAGUUGGAAUGGCCAAUGAGGAUAUAUCCCAAGUUGUAACUGUAAUGGCUUCUGACGCGGAAAAGAUGCCUUGGCUCCUCAAUAAGCUUCCGGCCAUGGUUGAUGAUGGGGAUGUUCUUGUGUUUGCUUCAACAAAAGCAAAGGUGGAUGAGAUUGAAUCCCAGUUGAUUCAGAAUAGUUUCAAGGUUGCCGCUCUUCAUGGUGAUAAAGAUCAGGCUUCCCGUAUGGAGGUUUUGCAGAAGUUCAAAUCGGGGAUUUACCAUGUUCUUGUUGCUACUGAUGUUGCUGCUCGUGGACUUGACAUCAAGUCGAUUAAGUCGGUUGUGAAUUUUGAUAUAGCCAAAGACAUGGACAUGCAUGUCCAUCGCAUUGGUCGUACAGGACGUGCUGGGGAUAAAGAGGGCACAGCUUACACUCUUAUCACUCAGAAAGAAGCACGUUUCGCCGGAGAGCUGGUCAACAGUUUGAUCGCUGCUGGUCAAAAUGUACCUCCAGAGCUAAUGGAUCUUGCCCUCAAGGAUGGGAGGUUCAAGGCAAAACGUGAUGCAAGGAAGGGAUCUGGUGGGAAGAAAGGUGGUGGAAAAGGGAAGGGAGGUGGUGGUGGUGGUGGUACUGGGCGAGGGGUUCGGGGUGUGGAUUAUGGCCUUGGCAUUGGAUAUAAUCCAGAGUCAGCCAGUGCUCCAUCUCAGUCAUCAAUACCCAGUCGAUCAGCUGCUAUGAAUUCACUUAGAACAGGGAUGAUGGCACAAUUCAAGAGCAACUUUGUUGCAGCAACCUCUGAUGAUAAUAGUUCUCAAAAUGAGGGAAGAAGCUCUUCCAAUACAUCCACUGGAAAUAGGCCUGUGCUUGCUGGUUUUGUUUCUGGUGGUUCGAUUGGUGGAGAAGCACGGGGACCACAAUCAAGUGGAGCCCCUAAUUCCAUGUCCAAACCAGGAGGAGCCAUGGGGGAAAAUCCCAAAGAAAAUAAUUCUCAAAGCUCUGGAAGUUCGAGAGAUAGACCUCGAGAAAGAAGGCGGCCAUCGGGUUGGGAUCGUUGAUUCGUUGCUAUUGUAUGAAUAUUUGCUCCUAACACAUUGUGGUUGUUGGGGGUAACAUUACUUAAUGUGGCGAGUUUAAUCUAUAUGAUCAUCUGCUACGUAUUUGGUUGUAUUUAGGGGGCGGUUCUCUUUUUCUUCUGAAGGGGUGGUGGUCCAAGCGAUCAGUCGCUUUGUCCAAUAUUUUGUUUUUGUUUUUUAAUCACUUUUAUGUUAGUUUAAGGUUGCCAUGAGCCAUUAAUUGCACAAAUAAGAAUAGGAGAGAAGGCUGUAGAGAUAUGUUUGAUGGUGGGGUGAACACAAUGUGGGCAAAAUGGAUGGGAAAUGUUCAGUUUCUUCAUAAUGCAUAUAAUUAGAUGUA